UAAUAGAACGCCCUCCCGGAAGUGGAUUCCAGAUGGGGCAGUGAAAGUGGCAGCCGGUGGCCUCUGGCGCCCGGUCUGGAGAGGUCAGAGCUGAGCUAUUUCUCUUCGUUUCCUCCCAAUCCUUCCUGAGUCUUCCAGAUCCGCCUUGGGAGGAACUGUCUGCACCAUCAUGGGGGGAGGCGACCUGAAUCUGAAGAAGAGCUGGCACCCGCAAACCCUCCGCAAUGUGGAGAAGGUGUGGAAGGCUGAGCAGAAGCAUGAGGCUGAACGGAAGAAGAUUGAGGAGCUUCAGCGGGAACUGCGGGAAGAGAGAGCCCGGGAAGAGAUGCAACGCUAUGCAGAAGAUGUUGGGGCUGUCAAGAAAAAAGAAGAAAAACUGGACUGGAUGUACCAGGGUCCUGGUGGGAUGGUGAACCGUGAUGAGUACUUGCUGGGACGCCCCAUUGACAAGUACGUUUUUGAGAAGAUGGAGGAGAAGGAGGCAGGCUGUUCUUCUGAGACAGGACUCCUCCCAGGCUCCAUCUUUGCCCCGUCAGGUGCGAAUUCCCUUCUUGACAUGGCCAGCAAAAUUCGGGAGGACCCACUCUUCAUCAUCAGAAAGAAGGAAGAGGAGAAAAAAAGAGAAGUAUUAAAUAAUCCUGUGAAAAUGAAGAAAAUCAAAGAACUGUUGCAAAUGAGUCUGGAAAAAAAGGAGAAGAAGAAAAAGAAGGAGAAGAAAAAGAAGCACAAGAAACAUAAGCACAGAAGCUCAAGUAGUGAUCGUUGCAGCAGUGAGAAUGAGCGCAGCCGGGGGAGAUCUCAAAAGAAGGUGGCAAAUUCUUCCUCUGUUUUGUCUAAGGUUCCUGGAUAUGGCUUACAGAUCAGGGACUCCCACCAUAGCCACAGAUUGCAGGGUCCUCUGAUGGCUGAGCAAAAGGGAGUGCAUGGACUGAAGAAUUACUCCAGGUCCAGAAGCUCCUCCCACUCACCUCCCAGACAUGCCAGCAAGAAGAGCACCAGAGAAUCAGGGUCCCGGGACAGGAGGUCUCGCUCCCCAGGCAGAAAGUCACGGUCCCCAAGGCCAAGCAAACUGCACAACUCUAAGGUAAACAGGAGAGAGAGAGGCCGAACUAAGAGCCCAUCACCUCGAAAAGAGGUCUACCAAAGGCGGCAUGCACCUGGGUACACCAGAAAGCUCUCAUUGGAGGAACUAGAGCGAAAACGGCAAGAGAUGAUGGAAAAUGCUAAGUGGCGGGAGGAGGAAAGGAUGAACAUUCUCAAGAGGCAUGCUAAGGAUGAUGAACGGGAGCAGAGGCUGGAGAGACUGGACUCCCGGGAUGGGAAGUUUAUUCACCGUAUGAAGCUAGAGAGUACAUCGACCUCGUCCCUGGAGGAUCGGGUGAAGCGGAAUAUCUACUCUCUACAGAGAACUUCUGUAGCUCUGGAGAAGAACUUUAUGAAAAGAUGAAACCAUCCCCUCUCUUGCUGGCUUUCCUGAAUUUUUUGGGGAGGCUACUGAUCCCUUAAAAAUUCUCUUUAUAAGAGUUCAAGUAAUUUCUUCCACAGAUGUCAAACCACCACUGUUCAAAGUGACUCUUCAGCAGUUCCUGAAACAGCUCACUUACUUUGAGAACCAGUGUGACUUGCUUUGUGGGACUCUCAGUAACUUUUGCUGGAUACAGAGUGGGUUCUAAUUAUGUUUUUAAUGGGUGGGCCCUGGCCCAUCUAGGUGUGAGUGCUCAUCCUGCUAUGGAAGGCUGCUCCCUGUGGUCUUCGUACUCCCAAUGGGACCAGACCUAUUCUAGUCUCAGGAUAGACCGGACUUUCAGAAACUUCUCUCUUCAGUCACCCAGAUAGAUUGUGCUUAGUGGGAUAAAUGCACAACAUUUGCUUGAUUUAGUAGAUAAUGUGACAGAAGGAUGUCAGCAUAGGGCAGAACCAAGGGAGUGACAAAGAAUGUAGAAGGUAAAACAAUACAAAAAAGCCCUAAAUGAACUGUUGAACUAUUUGGACUAUCUUCUGAACUGUAAAAGUGUAGUGUGUAUAUGUACAAAUGUAUAAUUUUACUUGUUUUUUAAAGGAA